AUGUGGCUUCCAUCACUCUGCUUUUUGACUCUAAGUGGAAAAGUUUAUAUUUGUGGCAGGAAUGGUGACGGCCAGUUGUCGUGUGGUGAACAAACACCUAGACUUUUCACUUUUACGCAUAUACCCAUCUCGGCCUCUUCUCUUAGUCAUCACUUUGUACAAGAUCUUUAUUGCUACUCGUAUUAUUCCAUUGCCAUCACAGACAAGAUGGAAAUGUUCUUGACAGGAUCCAACAAGUGUGGUCAAUUAGGUACAGGAGAAGGUCAACGAGUGGACAAAUUUACGCGCACAUUCAAACAUCGUGUUAAGGCUGUAUAUUGUGGCAGAGACACCUUAAUGGUGGAGGCUGAAGAUAGAGAGUAUAAUGAAGCUAUUUACGAUGACACUUUUGGAAAGAUGUUGAACUUUGAAGAUUCGAAUUUGAUUCCUCUUCUUGAUUCAUUCAUUAUUUGUAGCGAUGGAAAGAAAUUCCCCAUUCUCUACGACUUUGUGAUAACACGCUUUCCACUCCUAGAGAAGUAUUCAAAGAGGUCACAGAAGAGAGCAGUGUAG